AUGAGAAGGCAGCUCCGCUCCAGAAGGGCUCCGGCCUUCCCUUACGGUUAUCGCUACAGACUUGAUGACCAGGAUGAAGUAAAUCAGAACUACUUAGCAGACGAGGAGGAGGAAGCCGAAGAAGAGGCUCAGGUGAUGAUGGCUCCUGGUCUGGAGGAAGAAGAAGAAGAGGAGGAGGAAGAAAAAGAGGAGGAGGAAGAAAGGGAGGAAGAAGGUCAGGGUCAGCUGACAGGCAAUGCCUGGAGGCGGAAAUUGCAGACCGUGACUGAAUACCUGUGGGACCCGGAGAAAAGGAUGUCUCUGGCCCGAACAGGUCAGAGUCGGAGUCUGAUUUUAGUCAUUUACUUCUUCUUCUAUGCCUCCCUGGCUGCUGUGAUCACGCUAUUCCUGUACAUGCUGUUCCUAGCCGUCAGUCCCUACAUGCCAACCUUCACCGAGCAGGUGAAACCUCCCGGAGUCAUGAUCAGACCCUUUGCUCAUAGCCUUAACUUCAACUUCAACGUUUCCCAACCUGAAACUUGGCAGCAUUAUGUGGUCAGCCUGAAUGGCUUUCUCCAGGGCUAUAACGACAGUCUUCAAGAGGAAAUGAAUGUAGAUUGUCCUCCGGGACAGUUCUUCAUCCAGGAUGGAGAUGAGGAUGAGGACAAGAAGGCCUGCCAAUUUAAGCGCUCCUUCCUGAAGAAUUGCUCUGGGCUGGAGGACCCUACUUUUGGAUACUCUACUGGACAGCCUUGCAUCCUCCUUAAGAUGAACCGGAUUGUAGGCUUUCGUCCUGAGCUUGGAGAUCCUGUGAAGGUAACCUGCAAAGUUCAGAAAGGUGACGAAAAUGACAUUCGAUCCAUCAAUUACUACCCAGAGUCGGCGUCUUUUGACCUCCGCUACUACCCUUACUAUGGCAAACUGACUCAUGUUAACUACACCUCGCCCCUGGUCGCAAUGCAUUUUACAGAUGUGGUGAAGAACCAAGUAGUGCCUGUACAGUGCCAGCUGAAGGGCAAAGGCAUCAUCAAUGAUGUCAUCAACGAUCGUUUUGUGGGGAGGAUAAUCUUCACCCUGAACAUAGAAACCUAG